CCCUUCUCCACGUUAGAUAAACGGUGUUAUUGCGUCGGCGAAAGUUGUUGAUCGUCGAUAAAAGAGUUGAUCCGUGUCGUUUCUAUUGCGUUACAUGUGCGAUUACAGGUUUCGGUUACGUGUCGUGAAUUAACGAAUUAGCAGUGUUACAUAAAGUGGCAGCUGGAUUGAAAAGCAAAACAAAUUGUGCGAUAUGGACCCUUGUUCUAAUGGGAAGUCGCAACUUAAAGAUACCUGCUCUCUAAAUUUAAGUAGCCUUGUUAAGCACAUUUACAUGUGCUGAACUGCGCUGCUCAACACCGGCCAACGUUUUACAUGCAGACAACUGGAGCAUUAUAGGAUUCUUUGACCAUUUGCCCAACCAAUGCUUCGAACUUUUGGCUGUAGUGGCUUCAGUCUCUCUUGGGAUGACAGCGGCUGGCCUCCUAGAAGGAGCUCAUGGAGAAGCCGAGGUGGCGGGUCAUGGCGCGAUUUACGCUGAUGAUAGUGGAUACGCAGAACAAGAGCAUUAUGCCCCGCAACCGUAUAAGUUUGGUUACAAGGUCAACGAAGAGUGGGGGCAACAACACCGGGAAGAGCAUGCCGAUGGACAUGGUAAUGUUGUUGGAAGCUAUGGAUUUACCGACGUUCACGGCACCUAUAGACAGGUCAACUAUGUUGCUGAUAAAAACGGCUUCCGUGCCCAGAUCAAGACGAAUGAGCCCGGAACCGCGCCUUCCGCUCCGGCAGACACUCACAUUGAAAGUCACGCUGCCCAACAUGCGUCCCAUGAUGGUCCCGUAGAAGAUCGCGGUGCCGGUGGGCACUAUGAAGACGUUGGCGAGGGGCACCAUGGACACCACAGUAUUAAAGCAUACUGAAGUCUUUAGAAAUCACAUUAUACAAAUAAAUCACCAACAAAAAAA